GGCACGCUCGAAGUGUAGGAGAGAAAGACAUAAGAAGAAGAAUUGCAGAGAGUCCAAAGAGGCUCCAGGUUGGCUGGUUAACCAGGAAGCCUCAAGCUUCAAUCUUUCCUCAGUAUCUCUGAUUCUCAUAUUGAAUGAGUCAAGUUUUGAUGAAGGCUCAAUUUCAGAGGGAUUGUGCAUAAAGGAUCGUUGUUUCUUUGUUGGUUGAGAAGGAUGUGGGGAUUUGGGGGUAGGUAUUAUUGGGGGAGAAAAGAGAGGAGGAGUGAUGGAACUGAAGGGAUAGUGGUGGUGUUUGCAUGGAUGUCCAGCGAAGAGAAGCAUUUGAAGAGCUAUGUGCAGCUCUACUCCUCUCUGGGUUGGAACUCACUCGUCUGCCACUCUCAAUUUCUCAAUAUGUUCUUUCCUGAGAAGGCCACAGCUCUAGCAACUGAUAUUAUAAAGGAACUGGUUCAGGAGCUGAAGGUCAAGCCUUGUCCUGUGGUCUUUGCUUCUUUCUCUGGUGGUCCAAAAGCUUGUAUGUACCAAGUUCUUCAGAUAAUCGAGGGAAUUUGUGAAUCAAAACUGAAUCUGGAUGAUUGCCGACUGGUUAGAGACUGUAUAUCCAGCCCAGUGGAUUUUACUAGUGAUCUGGGUACUAAAUUUGUUCUUCACCCAACUGUCCUGAAAAUGUCCCAUCCACCAAGAGUAGCAUCAUGGGUGGCACAUGGCAUUGCUUCUGGUCUUGAUGCCCUCUUCCUCAACAGGUUUGAGUCACAGCGUGCUGAGUAUUGGCAGACUCUCUACUCCACUGUUGGUAUGAAGGCCCCGUAUCUCAUUUUAUGCUCAGAGAAUGACGAUCUUGCACCCUAUCAAGUUAUCUGUAAUUUUGCUGAACGGUUACGAGAACUUGGGGCUGAUGUAAAACUAGUAAAAUGGAAUGGCUCUCCACACGUAGGUCAUUAUAGGCAUUAUCCAGUUGAUUAUAAGGCUACUGUAACUGAGCUCCUUGGUAAAGCAGCUGGAGUCUAUUCCCAGAGAAUUAGACAAAGGGAAGGAGAAAGCUUGUGUGUGCAGGCAGGGCACGACGACGUUGUUGAGCCAAUCAAUAGCCUUAGGAAAGCUGCAGGAGCCUCAAAUGGGUUCCGAGGAGUGAUGUUGGCAUCCAGUGAUGACUUCUUGGCCACCUCAACAGAAUAUUACGGAGUUGGGUCUGUGCAAGAUGAAGGUUUAAUUCACCUGUCUGACCCACCAACGCCAACCAUGAAUGCCCAUGGAGUUCUCGGUCAGGUUCUUUUCGACAUCUGUGUUCCAAAAAACAUCGAGAAUUGGGAUAUAAAGUCAUCGAGUUCUUUGAAUGGGAAUGGCCGCUCUUUUAGUUUUAGAAGAAGGCAAGCCCCUUUAAACCCAAUCAAGUGCAUACGUCGCUCCAGACUAUAAUAAGGUUUAGGGGAUGAUCUGAAGUUUUUGGUUUCUUUGUUUUUGUUUCUUGCAAUAAGGAGGAUAGAGACCAAAAUGAAUCAUUGUAUUGAAAACUAGAGGAAGUUGUAUAGUGUAAAAGGAAUUUCUGUAUAUAGUAACGAGCACAUAUAUCAGGACUUAGCAGUGAGAACUGCACUUGGCAGAAUAAUGAUAGUAAAAAUCAGUUUCAAUA